GCCACUCCGCCGCCUCCGGAAAGUUCUGAGGCAAAGCCCAGCAACUCGCGGCCCCGAAACCAGCUGUUUCACCUUUCUUUUUUUAACUCCGCCAACGGCCCCCAGCCUACAGGGCAGACUACUGGAAGUCGCAACCAAAGAAAUUCUGUGAUUACUGCAAGUGUUGGAUAGCGGACAAUAGGCCUAGUGUUGAAUUUCACGAAAGAGGAAAGAAUCAUAAGGAAAAUGUGGCAAAGAGGAUCAGUGAGAUUAAACAGAAAAGCCUGGAUAAGGCAAAGGAAGAAGAAAAGGCAUCAAAGGAGUUUGCCGCAAUGGAGGCAGCUGCCCUGAAAGCCUACCAAGAGGAUUUGAAAAGACUUGGCUUAGAGUCAGAAAUUUCAGAGCCAAGCAUAUCACCAAUAACAAGUACUGUCCCACCAACCUCUGCAUCAAAUCAGCAGAAGGAAAAGAAGAAGAGGAAAAAAGACCCUUCAAAGGGAAGAUGGGUAGAAGGCAUAACCUCUGAGGGUUACCAUUACUAUUAUGAUCUCAUCACAGGAGCAUCCCAGUGGGAGAGACCUGAAGGAUUUCAAGGAAACUUAAAAAAGACAGCAGGGAAGACUGUUUGGGUAGAAGGUUUAAGUGAAGAUGGUUAUACCUACUAUUAUAAUACAGAAACAGGAGAAUCCAGAUGGGAAAAACCUGAUGAUUUCAUUCCACAUUCUGGCGGCCUGCUUUCUAGUAAAGUCAAUGAAAAGUCACUUGAUACCCUAGAAGAGUCCAAAUCAUCAGAUUCUCAUAGUGAUUCUGAUGGGGAGCAGGAAGCAGAAAAAGGAGAGGCCUCUACAGAAACACAAAAGCCAAAAAUAAAGUUUAAGGAAAAAAAUAAAAAUAGUGACAAAGGAACUGAACCAGAAACACAGAAAGAAAAAACUACCCAAGAGCAAAAUUCAUCAGGUCCAAAUGAAGAAAAAUCCAAAGCUCCUAAAAAAUCAAACCCAUAUGGAGAAUGGCAAGAAAUUAAACAAGAAGUUGAGUCUCAUGAGGAGGUAGAUUUUGAACUUCCAUGCACUAAAAAUGAGUGUGUAUCAACUUCAGAACCUGAUAUUGGUGGACAAUCUAAAAUGGUAUUUAAAGAAAAAACAGUCACUUCUCUUGGAAUCGUGGCAGAUGGAGUGGCCCCAGUCUUUAAAAAGAGAAGAAUUGAAAAUGGAAAAUCUAGAAAUUUAAGGCAACGAGGUGAUGAUCAGUGAUUGCAAAAGAGCUUUUUGUACCUGCCUUUCAGACCGCAUGGAGACUAUACAUCUUGAAGCUCCUCUGUGUUUGUUUAAAUGCUAAAAAUUUAGAUUUAUUCUAAAUGUAUUUUCUGUGAAUCUAAAAUAAAUCUUUUUUCAUGUGAAACUUA